UGGUACCGUGUGUUUCCGGUAUAACGUGUGUGUUCAACGGUCUACAGUCCUUUCCUUUCCUUUCGGCGUUCAGUAGAACAGUCACUUAAGACCCCCGGCUCUUUCUCCCUAAACGGUGUAUCUAAAUCAGCGGACAUGGCAACUUCUGUAUCGGCUCAAGCUCAGGCUAAUAACGCUUCGACCUCGCCACCGCAGAGAGGAAUUGUCAAAAUGGUCCUGUCAGGAUGUGCCAUCAUCGUGCGGGGGCAGCCUCGGGGCGGGCCCCCCCCAGAGCGCCAGAUCAACCUGAGCAACAUCCGCACCGGGACCCUAGCCCGCAGAGCCGCUCAGAGCCAGCCGGACGCCAAGGACACCCCCGACGAGCCCUGGGCCUUCCAAGCCAGAGAGUUCCUGCGAAAGAAGCUGAUUGGCAAAGAGGUGUGCUUCAGAGUUGCAAGCAACCCCAGCUCAGUCAGGGAGUACGGAAGUGUCUACCUGGGCAAAGACACGACUGGAGAGAACAUUGCGGAGACUCUGGUGAACGAAGGCCUGGCUACUGUCCGCAGGGAUGGAUUCAGAGGCAACAAGUAAGAGACGGACAGGCUACCACGGC